CAUUUAAGUCUGGGAUGUAACAUACACAAUUUCAAGCUAUGAAGUGUCCCAAUGCCGACUGUGGGACGGAGCAAAGUGAGGGAAAAUUCUGCAUCGAAUGUGGCACAAAAUUGGAGCCAAGGAAAGCAGAGUGCAUAAACUGUGCUGGCAAAGAUGACGAAGGUAAAACAUGCGGCGCAGCUAUCAAAUCGAAUCAAAAGUUCUGUUUGAACUGUGGGAGAAAAGUUGACCCGAAUGAGUUUUUGAUUGGGAGUUGUCAAAAAUGUGGCACACACUGUCCUGUAACGGAUAAGAUGUGCAAGGUGUGCAUAGAUACCGAGUCAACAGGCGGUACGGACUCUUUAUUGAAAUCAACUACUCACACGGAACCAACGAGUGAGGAAACUGACAUACCAGUUGUUGACAAGUCUGAUUCGGAACCAAGUAAGAAACCUUCCGAUGAUCAGCAAGAUCAACAACAAGCACCUCAAUUGGAGAUUAAUCCAGAAGAACAAAUGAAGAAUCAACUAGACGACCACCGGAAAAGUACAACAAGCACGCAACAUCAGGGACCUCAACCAGUGGCUAUUCAGAUAGAAAAGCGUGAUAUUGUUAUAAACAAGCAGAUAGAGAAUGACAUGAGCAAAAAUGUUGCUUUAUCGGAAAAUCCGGUUCAUAUUAUUGACGAUAAGUUGCAAAGUGAUGUUCAAGAACAAGACUCGAGCACGAGCGGUCCUAGAACGGAUCCUAUACUACCACAAGCCUCUUUAGCGGGCGUUGCUGAACCUUCUCUACUGCCACAAACGUCAAAAGAAAAUGAGGGCAAUUCUGACAUGAGAGGAACUGAAGAAAAUACUGCUAGUUUUACUGACUUAGCUUCCGGAAGCGGCUGGGACAUUGUUGAUGUAUCGGAAAUCUAUGACACGUCGCAUAGAGGAUCAUCAAAUAAUGUUUUGGACUCUCCUCCAAAAUAUGAAGCGUCAAAAAGCAGUGUAGAUGACAGCAGUAUUGUACCAGACAGUGCAGAUAACAAGCAACAGUUACUCUUGAAUGAUGAGACUGCUGCUAGUGGUGCGACAGAACGAAAUGAGAAUACAAGCUCGGAUAAGGAUGAGUCUGGCACGAAUUUUGAUGAGUCGGAUGAUCAGGAACACGAUGUUGAUAAAAACAGUAAACACGAAGAAAUAAAUAAAAAUGCAAUUCAACAGUCAAAACAAAAAGAGCAAGGAAAAAACAAAAACAACCCUCCAGGUUUAAAAGAAAAGAAAAAACAAAAACAAGUGAAAAAAUCCGAACAACUACGAGCUAAAAAGGAGCAGAUCCAACAGGUUCCAGAUGACUUUUCUAAUCAUCACAGCGAAGCUCCAAACGUUGUUUCACAAAUUAAAACUGUUUCAGAAAAAGUAUUUGGGAUGGGGACAGACGCAACAGAGCCAGCAUUUCAAAGUACCGAUGUUGAUACAGGGGCAGUCCAAACUGAACCAAAUAGUGUUGCAUCAUUUUUCAUUGAACAUGAAAAAAAGCUAACUCUUUCUUCACCACAAACCACAAAAAGUGACAAUGAUAAAGAUUUGGUGCUAAACAGGAAGACAACGUCUGAUAGUUAUAAUCAAAACACAAAGACGGACGCUGAUAAAACUAGAGAGCCACUAUCAAAUGAACCUAUUCAUCCGACGACUCAACAACCAAUGCUGCAAAAAGAAAAUUCACGGGACUUGGUCACCGUCAUUUUCCAUGCUCUGGUUUCCAAGAAGAUGUUGCAAAAAGGAGGGAAAGUGUUUCUAAUAUUUGAAUUGGACAAGUUCGAAAAAUGUACACAUGAAGCUUGGAAAGGAAGAGAUUUUGAUAAGUUUGCCGAAUAUACAUAUACAAAAAAAAUUCAUAAAAAUAAUUUGACGAAAGGAGUUCAAUACAAAUACACAGUUGUUAGCACUGAUGGUAAGUGCUUUUAUGAGGAUUAUUACAUUCAAAGAACAAAAAGCAAAACAGACAACAGAAAAUUGCUUCUACCCAAGGAAAAGCAAGUACAAACCUGGCACCAGUAUGACGGUAUGGUUAUUCAAGCUAAAGAUACCGGGUUGAUUCAAAACGUAUGGGACUACAUUCGUGACAAAGUGAAGAAAACUUUUGAAGAGCACCUUAAGUUUUUUGUUAGUGCUUUUGCUCCCAGUUGGUUUAGAAUGGACGAUAAUACAAACUUAUUAUCGGAAACGUUUCAAGAAUCACUAGAUAGCUUAGAAGCAGUCAUUCAUGGGUUGCGGAAGGUCUACCGGUAUGAUGCAAACAUAUAUGACAAAGAUGAAGAGUUUUUGCAGAAGAUAGCAGAUAUAUUGUUUGUCCCUAUCUUCGAUGGCUUACAACAGCAGGAUCACACGAAGCAAAUACUGAGAGCCAUGGCGAUAGCAAUCGUUUGCCAUAGACUACAGGUGUCACUGUCACACAAACAUUGGCAACUUGUAUGUAAAUCAAUGAUUCUUACUCCUGAUCCUCAUAAGAAGUCUUGUCUGGAACUAGUAGAGCUAAAGAAAUGUUUCAAAAGCAUAGACAUGAAGAAAGGCGUGUUGUACUUAGUUAAAGCCACAUCAAAAUAUCCCAAAAACCCGUCAUGGAUGUUCUGCUUGCCAGUACUGCAUUUCGCUACUGACAUGUGUCAGCCGUAUGAUCCGCCAGAGGAAGACCUAUCGUAUGCGUCGGCAGUACCAAAAUGGUGGGGUAUUGCUGAAAUCAAGGAAACUGUAGAAGCAUUCUGGAAAAAUGAAAAGAAGUGGGAGAUACCCCUAACUGACGUCUUGAAACUGAUGAGUCCAUUGUUUGAAAUGGACAUGUAUUUGCCAAGAAGUAUUAUUGCAGCCUUGUAUCCAACAGAAAUUGUAGAAAUUAUGGACAAUAAUCCUUUUCCUCUUGACACAAUGCUUGCAUCUCUCUUGCAUUGGAGCAGAGCCUCUAAUCCAUCAUACUACGUUCAGGGAUAUUGUACUUUGGAUUCUGAAGGCCAUUCGGAGAAGGCUGUAGUUGAAUGUCUACAUUUGAUGCUUCUUGGACUAGAUCACGUUACACAACCAAACAUGUCGCUCUCAAGAUUGUCGAUGGCAUACAAAAUCAGCAUAGAUGCUAUUGAAAAAAUGCAGUCAUCAAACCGAACAUUAAAGUUUUUUUCAUGGGCUCACAUUUUCAUUCGCUGUAUUUCACUGCACGCUAGGCAAGCGAAUAAAUCUGACUCAGUCGAACAGGAAGUGGCACAAAUGCACCACUCUAGUAUAGGAGUUGUGAUAGAAAAUGUUAUUAAAUGGUUAAAGCGUUACACAUCCAGCUCCUGGUCUUACAACUUGAAAUCAAAUUUGAAGAUUUGGAACUUUGCAUUCCUUGAACAGUCCGAGGACGAUCAUGUUUAUUUGAAACGUUGGCAUGACCAAUUAAAUUCAGUUCUGAGAGCACACAUUUUAGAUGAGUUGAACAGGUAUUCUUCCCUGAAAAGGGAUUUUGUAAAACUCUACUGCGAAGAGAUGGAAACAUUCAAAAAGCCCAUGCAGGAAUGUCUAACAUCUGUAGCUUGUGUGGCCAUUGAUGAAGGCUACACAGUUGAUUACCUUAACUGGAACAAACAUGAAAAGGAAAGACUACAAGCGCUUAUGUCGGGACUCUUCAGAAAACAUUGGAAUUCGUCUGUGGCUUCAUGUCAGGGUGAUCAACAGUCCGUGCAAAUAUUGAAGAUGGCCUUGACCUGGUCCCCUGUCCAGUUAUUUCUACGUAAUAAAGGAGAAGGAAAUGAGAAUCAGCUUCUGGAUGUAGAGUGCAGAACAAAUCUUGACGUCAUAAUUCUGAUCUGUGAAAGCCAUUGGGAUUCGCUUGUGAAUGGCCAUGUUGAGAUUGGAAUGCUUCAAAUGAUUGCGCAACAGUCUGGGGUGUUUGCAGACAUCAUGACAUUACUGCAACCGAAAGAAAAAUCAAUGAAGGAUCUUGUUUCAAAAACCGUGAAAACACGAAUGAGUGAAAUGGGGGCAUUUCAGAAGCAAGCGCAAUUGAUGACUGUUUUAAUCAAUCAUUGUAACGGCAUAAAGGUUGAAACGGAUGCUAUUGACACAGUACUUAGAGAAGUUACACAGCUGAAUGGUAAACCAUUAAACAAGUAUUGCAAACCUGCUGUUAUCACAUCUGAAAGUCAGCUAGUUGAGCCUGAACUCACGGCAUUCACAGUGCCAAAAGAAGUGCUGGACGUUUUGCCAAGAUUAGAAGUAAUUGAAAGAAGUUUCGUGUUUGAAAAAAUGUGGCAGUUGGCAUGUAACGCUGAUGGCCAGAACUGUUCAACGCUUGAAGAAGUGGUUGCAAUUAUUUGGACACCUGUUGAAGAAAGGUGGAGCGAAUUCGCUCGCAGUAUUGUGGUUGGAGAAAUCGCAUUUGAAGAAUUUGAAAAAAUGUUUAUGACUUUUCGCAACCUUGACGAUCUAAAAUGCGAGCUGACAAAACUGGAAAUAACUGAAACAGUCGCGCAAACACGAAUAAAACAACUGCAGGAAUACAGACAGAUACGUUCGUGCGUUCAUGGUGCUCGGGUAUUGUUGAAAGUGCAACGGCAUUAUGACUUAAAAGGAGACUUUAAGGCCAUUGAAAAAAUUGCACAGGGCAUGGAUCACCAUUUCAUGAUGAAGGACUUUAAUGACAGCUUGAUUGAAACGUUUCGUAAUCUAAAAGGUAUUUCUGACGAGAAGGUUCGGUGUAUAGACGCAUUUCUUACCUGCGAUAACUUGGUUAAGUGGCUCAAAGAGUCCAUGAAAACAUCUGGUCAGAAAGAAUUAAAAGUGUUUGUGGACCUUGCCAUGAUGUCUGCAGGAGAUGAACCAAUGAACAUCAAAAAGGUUCAAUGUCUGCACUCUGCUGUGCUUGGAUUCUCACCUCUGAUAUUUGACUUAGACGAAAACUGUGACUUCAUGACACUAGUGGACAAAUGCAGAAUUGUAUGGAAAGAAUUUGAUGCCAAUCCAAAUCUGCCGAAACAACUGAUUGACACCAACCAUCAACUGGCUUGGUUGCGAGAAAUCAAAAAGGCUCAUGGAUCUGUAGAAGUGACAUCACUGAUGCAGGCAGAAGCCAUAAACAGUGGUGGUAUUUAUACGGUUGGCAUACUAUCCGGAGAAAGAAGCAACGACGAUAUUACAAAAAGAAAAGUAAUCAAACUAACUGUACCAGAAAAAGAGGGAAAACAACAAUUGAGAAACUACAGCUUUUCACAGCUUCAAGAUUUGCAGAGUCGUUUGAUGCUAGUUGCAGGCAGAAGUGUAAAAAAGGAUAAGAAAGAAGCUGAAGUAGAUGUUGACAUGUUCACUUUGGUGUUUGAUGGGAUCACUCGACUUGGGAAUGUUUUUCGAAAAUUGUGCCUGUCUGGUUGUGUCCUGUUCAAUAGCUGGAAAGCACAGUUUAUGUGCAACACCACAAGACCUGUAUGUGUCAUUAUCUCUUUUGGAGAAGGCAAAGAUGUUCCAAAAAUAAAAGGUGGCAAAUCGGAGUCAGAAGGCUUGCAAGACAUGAUUCCCGAACUUGCAAAGUUCAUGGAAAAAUGCUACGAUCAGUGGCUUGAGUACAUCGAUCAGAAACGCGCUCAGUAUUACCACCUGAACUUCUUCACUAUUGACCAGCUGGUGAUUCUGCAACGCGAACUGGUUAAAGUUGGAUCUGAUUCUGAGCCAUCGCAUCUUAUAUACCCGUUGUUGUCUGCAGUAAGGAAACACUGUACACCGGCCGAAUUGAUUGCGGCCAUGACCUCUGCAAAAGAAGAUGUUGAUAACCCUAUUCGCGAGACAGUACAAACCGUACCAACAAUUGAUGCAGAGUCAAAUACUUUUGACACUGAAACAGCUCUCGACGUGAAAAAGGAACUAUUUGUGCAGGAACUUGUCUCAGCUGGAAUUGAUGAACACAUAGCAAAAAAGUCAAUACUGCACGUAGAUUCGAACGAUAUUGAAGAACUGGACGUUACGCAAGCUUUGUUGUGGUGUAUCGAGGAGAAUGAAAUAGCAACACAAUCCAGUGAUGAAAUUAAAGACCAAGUGGAUGUUGAUCAACCAUUACAAACUUCUGAACCGACAUUUUCUGGCUGGAGUGAUUCUAGCUCCACUAUGGCAUCCAUAAUUGAGAAUAGCUUAGCAAAAAUACACGUUAAUAGCUCUGGUGUUGCUCCACUGAUCCAAGGGCUAACAGAUCUUUGGGAAAGCUUUCUCGGGUCCAUUUCAUCAAACAUCAGCGACUAUCUAAGCUUGGAACACUUGGGUAUAGUCCUUAAGCAUCUUGCAGAGCGGGGCACUGUAGAAAGAAAACUCGCAAAGGGCUAUAUCGAGGGGGAGCCAAAUCUUAUAAUUUGCCCAACUGAAGAGAUCUUGAAGGUGACCCUGUCGAUCUAUUUGCACGACAAAGAUCAGCCGCUCCCAAUGUCUGACGAAGUGUUAGUCUGUUCAUCAAACACAACGAAAGACGAGGUUGAGAUAUUUUGGCGCCGCUCUAUAUAUGGUGACGGAAAAAAGAUCCAUUGCCUUGUGAAUGCUGAUUUAUUGGACUACGAUGUCAGCGAGGCUGCAGAACAAAGCCUAGAGGCGCACAUUCUGGAGACAAACCACAAAGAAAAUCGCGCAUACCGCCUUUUUGUAAUAUGUGGGUCGGACAACGAAUACCGUUCUCCGUUUGUGUCAUCGUUGGACAAAUACAUUCGACAAGUUCCGACAAUUAGUCAACCGGCGUUGGGAGCAUAUGUGGCUGAAAAACUGACUGUUCCUAAAACAAACGAAGAUUCUGCAGCUGUUGUUGACUUUAAUAGGUCUUCAGCGCGGAUCGUUAAAUCGAGUCGUGCUGGUGUAGGGAAAAGCUUGUAUGUAACUCGACGAUCGGAAACGUUGAUUGCUCAUUUGGGCUCAAAGUCAAAACAUUUGGAUAUUAAACUUGUGACAAUCCCAUUGCAAGAAAAACACAUCAACAUGCACGAUGUAAUACAGACAUUGAUUCGGCACACAUCGACGCCUGGAAAAGCCACUGCAAUAAUAUUCCAUAUUGACAUUUCCCACGAGGUUCAAGAAGGAAUAGAUUUUCUUCUCUUCAACUUGCUGAUCCUCGACUGUUUGAUGGAUAAAAAUGGCUACGUGUGGCGACGGAGCACAGCUGAUCUUUAUUUGAUAGAAACAAUGCCCAUCAUGAAAAUAACUCGUGAGAACCAAGGGAUACAAUACGCCCAUCCAAUAUUUGAUAUUAUGCCAGAUGUGAAGUGUAGAACACCGCAGGAAAGUCUCAGCGUUUAUGCCGGUGAUGAGAAUGGUAAACCAGCAGAUUACCAAGUGACAGAUCAGCUCUUUGACGAAAAGCAGUUCAAAGGUCCAGUCUUCCAGCGUACGUAUCAGUAUUUACAACGGCUGGACACUGGUGGCAAGAUGAACGAUCUCGACCCCUCUCGUCCGGAAGGGAAUCCGCAAACUUGUUUGACAGUUCUUUUAAGACGAUGUGGUGUGCACAAUCCAUCAUGGUCUGAGCUGCAUCACUUUGUGUGGUUCCUAAACACGCAACUUGUAGACUUCGAACACAAUUCGUUUGUGAGCACGGCUGCAGCAGAAGACUUACCUGGAUUUGCAACUUUUGUUUUGCGAUUCCUCAUGCAAAUGUCAAAGGACUUCUCAACACGAUCGCUAAAAAUAAGCGAAGAAUCCCCAGGAUGUAUCCCUGCAGAUGCAAUUGAAGACGGUGAGAACGACGAAGAUGAAGCGAUCCUAAAUCGGUUCUCUUUAAGACGCACUUGGGAAAGCAGCCCUCAUCCUUACCUGUUCUUCAACUCCGAUCGAUUUUCAUUCACCUUCCUGGGGUUUUUCAUUGAGCGAGCUACAGGGAACUUAAAAGAUCAACAAACGGGUGAACUGCUGGAACGAUCUAUCAUGGCCCAGAAUUUGUAUGACGCACUUGUGAGAAAUCUUGCUCCAUUGCAAGAGAAUUUUGAUGCGCUCCCUAGGGACAUGAAGAUUACCAAGUUGUGCAACGUAAUGGGCAUAGAAAUGCCGCAUGAUCCAGACUCUACAUAUGAACUUACAACCGACAAUGUCAAGAAAAUCAUGGCGAUCUAUAUGCGAUUUAGAUGCGAUAUUCCUGUCAUAAUCAUGGGAGAAACCGGAUGUGGUAAAACACGGCUCGUGAAGUUUAUGUGUGCCCUGCAGUGCCCACCUGGGGUCAAAGUCCAAAACAUGAUUCUGAUGAAGGUUCAUGGCGGAACGACUAAAGAAGACAUUAAACGAAAUGUUCAUGCGGCGGAAGUAAUCGCAAAUCAAAAUGUUGAGAAAUACGGGCGUCACAUGUACACGGUACUGUUCUUUGAUGAGGCAAACACCACUGAAGCGAUUGGAAUAAUCAAGGAAAUCAUGUGCGACAAAUCCAUUUGCGGCGGACGCUUGAAACUGUGUGAAAACCUGAAAAUGAUCGCAGCAUGCAACCCGUACAGAAAGCAUCCUGAUGAACUUAUCAAGAAACUAGAACAGGCUGGUUUAGGGUACCAUGUCGAUGCUGACGAAACAACAGACAAACUUGGACGAAUUCCAAUGAGGCGUCUGGUGUAUAGAGUUCAACCGCUUCCACAAAGUUUGCUGCCUCUUGUGUGGGAUUUUGGGCAGCUUAACACUGAAGUUGAAAAGUUGUACAUCAGCCAAAUGGUCAAACGAGCUAUUGUUGACGAGCGAUUGCCGCAAACAUCGGGACUUGUGGAGGUCGUAAGCAAUGUGUUAACGGCAUCACAGAAGUAUAUGCGUGAUCAAGAGGAUGAAUGCAGUUUUGUCUCAUUGAGAGAUGUAGAACGAGUGUUGACUGUCAUGGCAUGGUUUUACGGAGAAGCUGAGGAUAACCGAUGUUUGUAUAAUGAAAUGGAUAUAAAAUUAGCUAACCAAGAAGAAGACACAAAUAAAGGUCUUGAUGAUCUAACAAGAAGUCUGGUUCUCGCGCUGGGAGUUUGCUACCACGCUUGUUUGAAGACUCGCGACGCGUACAGGAAAAGAGUGGCAAACGCAUUUUCAGCCCCAUGCCAAUUGCAGGAUGGAGCAGACCAGAUAUUGCAAGAAAUUGACUGCUGUCAAGAAGUAUUCCUUGACAAUGUUGCAUUGGAUCCGAAUAUUGCCCGCAAUACAGCUUUGAAAGAGAAUGUCUUCAUGAUGGUGGUUUGCACCGAAUUACGGAUACCACUGUUUCUUGUUGGCAAACCUGGGAGUUCAAAGUCGCUCGCUAAAACAAUUGUUGCCGAUGCGAUGCAGGGAAAUAGCGCGCGCUUUAUUCUCUUUAAGCACCUAAAACAGGUGCAGAUGGUGUCAUUUCAAUGCAGCCCAUUGUCAACACCUGAUGGAAUUGUUGGCACAUUUAGACAGUGCGCCCAGUUUCAGAAGGACAAAGACUUGGAUACGUUUGUGUCAGCUGUUGUGCUUGAUGAAGUUGGUUUAGCAGAAGACAGCCCACGUAUGCCGCUUAAAACAUUGCACCCACUCCUGGAGGAUGGAUGUCAGGGGGAUGAAACUCCAGAAGCACACAAGAAGGUUGCUUUCAUUGGUAUCUCUAACUGGGCUUUGGAUCCUGCGAAGAUGAACAGAGGUAUUCUGGUUCAGCGGGAAGUUCCAGAUCUGGAAGAAUUAAAGACAAGCGCGAAGGGAAUAUGCCAAACAAAGGAAGAAGUUGAGUCGUUCAUUGAACCAUUGAUUGGUCCUUUGUCGGUUGCUUACCUGGAUAUUUUCAAAAAGGCUUCAGAAGAGAUGCGCGAGUUUUAUGGACUCCGUGACUUUUACAGUUUGGUGAAAAUGGUGUAUGGUUUUGUGGCCAAGAACAAACGGAAACCGACAUGGUUGGAAAUGCUUCAUGCAAUCAAGAGGAACUUUGGAGGGCUGGAUCUUGUAGAUCCUGAGGGAUGCUUUAAACAACACCUUGGAAACGUAAUGCAUUGUAACCCUGAUCCAAACCAGGAAGGUCCUGACUGUAGCGCAAAAGGACUGAUUGAAGCUUGUCUCUUCGAUUCCUUGAAAACAGAAGGAGAAAGUCGUUAUCUUUUAUUACUUACCGACAACUACGGAGCUCUAGCCAUCAUACAGCAGCAGAUUCUCUCCAAGAGAAGCAAAAUUCGACCCAUCACCAUUUUUGGUAGUAGUUUCCGAAGUGACCAGGAAUACACACAGGUUUGUCGUAACAUAAACAAGAUUAAGGUCUGCAUGGAGACAGGAAACACAGUGGUAUUACUGAACUUGGAGAAUCUCUAUGAAAGUCUGUACGACGCAUUGAAUCAGUACUAUGUGUACUUUGGAGGCGAGAGAUACGUGGAUCUUGGCCUAGGAACCCACAGAGUUAAAUGUCCAGUUCAUAAGAAUUUCAGGUUGAUUGUCGUCGCGGAGAAGCAGACAGUGUACAAGAAGUUUCCGAUUCCUCUGAUUAAUCGACUGGAGAAGCAUUUCCUGUCAGUCAAUACCAUACUGGAUGAGCGACAGAUGCUUCUGGCAGGACGCAUGCAGAAUUGGGCUAAAGACUUUGCAUCGCAAUCUUUGCAGUUGCAUUUGCAUCAUAAACAAAGUCGUCGAAUGGAAGUUGGAGAUAUCUUUAUCGGAUAUCACGAAGACACAUGUUCCGCAAUUAUCUUGCACGUGUGUGAAACACUUGCGAAAAACCGUGAUGUACAGUACUCUGAUGAAGAGAUUCUUGAAGAAGGGAAGAUGCUGUUGCUUUGGUGUGCUACUCCCGAGGCCACCAUUCGAGAAAACCAGUUAGACAGAUUAGAGCGGGAAAAAAUGAAUCGACACUACCACAAAGCACAAGCUCAUGGAAGCGCAAUUGACUACCUGAAACACAUGCUUUUUGACAAAAAAUGUGAUCAGCUAUUUGCUCAGAUCACAUGCCAUUCAAAGCUUUUGGCCUCAAACCACGAGAAAGAAAUCUCCAAUGCCGUCGAAGUGUUGCAACAUGUUGAAAUACUAUCGCUAUCGUCUUUUGACACAGAACAGCAAUUCAGUAAUCGCGUUCAGCAACAUUUUGAAGCAAACUAUAAUCAGACUAGCCUCCUGGUUAUACAAUGUGAUUCCGGUGACGUAAACUCUAACUUGAUAGCAUGCGCGAGGUACUGUGUUAUGGACGAGUUCGAAAAAGUGAGGGAGAUUUUAGUAGAGCCCACCCAUAUCGUCUUGAUUGUGCAGCUUCCAAGAAAAGCUGGUGGUUGUUUCAAUGGCUUUCAGUGCGGCGUAUGGCAUUCCGUUCACAUCGACGACUUGUAUCCGGAAGAUUCACGCCUUCCAAGCAUAAAUGAAAUUCAGAACAAAGCGCUCAGUGAACUCUUCUUAGACAUUCAUGGACAUUCCACAAUGCACCAAGAAGAAAUGGAAUAUUCGGUUACUAGAAUUCGAAGAACUGAUGAGUCUAUUAAAGUGGAAUCUAGUGAAACAAUUGACAAGGAUAAGUACACAGUUAUGGAAGUAAAUCAAGAUCACGUGCAGAACACUGGACUAGAAAUUCCGGACAUAGACAAAAUAAACAUGGUAGGCAUUAUAAUGCGAUGUGUACAACCAUCUUUGGCGAUGGUAAAAGACAGAGAACGCUUUGCACAACGGGAAACUAAACGUGUGGAUAUCGUUCUGAACGCCUUUGGAAAUAUUGAUGACACAAAUAAAGAAGACUCAAGUAACUUGUUUACCGGAGUCCUCAUAUUGCUGGGACAAUUACUCAAACAAAAAGAACGCGGUUCAAUGCUUGCUAAGCAAUGGAUGACGAAAGACGCGGCUGCUGUGGAAAACAUCACCAAAAGUGGAACAUUCAGGCGGUCUUGUUAUGAUACAAUCGUAUCAAAGGUAAAGCCCGUGCUUGCUGGUGUAUUCGCUUACCUUGACACCAAUAGCAACUUGGACCACCUAACAUGUGACAGUCCAUGGAAACGAAAUGUAUGGCUGGCGUGGUUACACAAAAGUGAUGCAUUGCCGCUGAUGUAUGCAGACCUCCAGUCUCCUAAGCGUAAAACUGAGCUUGGAGAAAUGAUUGUCCCAAGUACAGGAUUUGACGGACACGAAUUUAAACUUCGAUUUCCAUUUUCCUGGGUGAUAAUUCAAACCGUUGAAGAAUUGUUCAAAGUUCUAGUACUCGAUGAAAAUGGACACGAACGUAUCAACAAGUGUGCUAUCGGGUUGAAGUCGGGUCCGAGUGGACAAAUCCUGUUAGAAAUGGAAGCUAUGCUGCAUGUCAAUUCUGACUCUGAAUCCGGCCAAAGUUUAAAUCCAUCUCUGCAGGAUGUUUUGGAAGACUACAUUCACGAUUUUGUACACACUGUGUACAACGUUGAACAAGAGGCUGAACUGAACAUCGUUGUCCAGACCAUCAUGUUUAGAACGGCAGACAUUUGUGGAACCAGUAGCGAAACCCCAGAUCUUCUGUACCAUAUUGUAUGUGUCCGUUUCGCUUAUGAAGAAUUAUCACGUAGACUCGUAUACUUCCGAAGCGUCAACCAAGUCUGGCCGCAUUGUAGCGCCAAAAUUGAGGAAAUAAAGAAAGCUAAUCCGGAGCAUAUCAUGUUCAAGGAACAGGAGUUUACGUAUUCAACAUUGUGCCUGCUUGUUGAAAAUUUAAAUCCUUCACCCAAAGACCUUAAGGAUAGAAAUGGACAGUGCAAAUGGCUGACCAAAGUGUAUCAGUACCGACCAGUAAUGGAAACAGUUUUGCAUAUACAUGGAGAGGAUCCGAUAAAUUUCGGAUACCACAGUAUUGGCUCUAUAAAGAGGGCAAGUUCGAGGUGGAGCCGAGUGGUAGUAUUGAAAAUGUUCCUGGAGAAUGUGGUAAUGAAAGAAACGGAGGACGACAUACGCAUCAAACAUAUUUUGCCGCUCUGGGUGUUGCUUGGAGAUGAUAUUGAUUUAAAAGAAAUCAAGUCCUUUAAUGCUGUGGAAAAGUUUUUAAAGACGUGUAACACUGCUGCAUUGAAAGAGAGCAUCGGUGCCGAUGUCAAGUGUUGUCGUUGUAACGAGGUCCUACAGAGUGCACCGAUUUCUGUUCCCUGCUCGUCUCGUCACAUUCUGUGUCAUACAUGCUGUGUAGAAAUGAGAGCCAUGAAAGAAUAUACAUGUCCACAAUGCGACGAAGAAUUUGACAUUGACGACGAUUGGGUACCUAUUGUGGAUGAAAAUCGAAAGGUCGGGAAUGAAAAGUUGGAGAAAUACCAGCAGCGAUGCAACACAUUCUUUCUUGAGGUUGUGACUCAACUUUGUUUUUCUGAGGGAGAACCUCCAUCGGAACAAGUUCUUGAAAGACUUCUUAGCUAUGUUACCUGUACUUCUAAGACUGGGCAACGGUACACGAAGAACAUGAAUUUGUUUGGUACAGGCGUUGAUCCUAAUCCUGUCUUUCGAUCGUUCUUGCUGCAGUUAAUGUUAAAAUCCAGCAAAGAGAAAUACGUUUCCAAAUAUCUAAGCAAGUUCAUAGAACAUACACGAUGCGGCGAGAAAAUCAACAACGAUGAAAUGAACGAAAUGUAUCUUCUGAUUGUUCACUGUUGGGAGGACACGCAAAUGCAAUAUCUGGAGCGUGAUGGUGAAGUGGAGACGGACCAUGUUUGUCAAAGUCUUGAACAUGCAAACACUAUUCUUAACGACCCUGAAAACAUUAGCGACCAAUUGUUUGCUAUAGCAAUGUCUAGGGCUUGUUUAGCAAUUACAGCAAAAUGCAUGGAACGAUAUGCCAGAGGAGAAAACGUACAAACUAUGCCACAAGACGAUCGAAAAGUUAUCCAGGCUGCUCAAUUGUUAUGUCAAAACAACCCCACACAAUGGCCGAAAAUAUAUUUAGUGAAGCUGUUGUGUCGCCGGUACGGCAUAGACGUGUAUCAAACAUUGUCGAGGUCCGAGUUUCCGCUAUUAAAAUGGCUUAAGAUUGAAGGCACAGAACAAGAGUUAGAGGUUGUAGACAGAUAUAUUGUAUGCGGUGACGCCUACACGUCCAUACGAGAGGAAGUCGCGAAAACCAUUUUAGGCGAAGAUGUCGAAAACAUUGAACAACUUUUACACAAGAUGCAAACAAGCGACCCGCAUCUCGAAAUACACUUGCAACUGGCUUUACAUCGGGAAAUAGCAUGUGCAAAUGUGCGACACACACUUCGUGGACCGUCACAAGGAACGCAGCGGCUUAGUACGUUCCUUGAAGAGAGCAACACAUUUAAGGAUAAAGAUCGAAUAAUGGGGGUGUUUAGUAAUGAACUGAAACCCGAAUUCCUGAAGAUGGAACCUGGUACAGAUCUGAUGCACCAAGGGAUUCAAUGUCUGUUGACUCAUUUCAAAUUAUCAAUGUCUUGUCUUGAAGACAAUUCAAUGCUUCUACGUCCGCUGAUUGCAUUGAUGAAGGGAAACCCCAUAAUACUGAACAUGCUUCUACCAACUAUGCCGCAAGAUGACUUUGAUGACGUACAAGCAGCCGUUCUUGCGACUCGAGGAACCGAAACCCCCACGUUCUACCGUUGCCCCAAUGGUCAUCCGUACGUUAUCGGAAACUGUGGUAGACCAGCUACAGUCGGCAAAUGUUCCGAAUGUGGACAAGAAAUCGGAGGAACUGGCUAUAAGAGUGCUCCUGGGAAUAUUGCCAACACACAAGGUGACACCACUAAGACAGGUCAUAUUCUUGGAAGAGCUGUAACAGGGGGAGCCAUCAAGCCUGAAAGAGCAUUGAAUCCUACAUACUGCACUGCCGCCAGACUUAUCGUCCACAUGGCCAUGUAUUUUUGCCCUGUUCAGCAGGUGCAGUCCAUAAUAAAGCCUGAUCUUGAAACGGACCAAAUAUCCGGGUUUUUGUUGGAUCAUAUCCGCAAUAACAUCAACGAUUUGCAGCGAGCUCUUGGGCGCAGUGCAGACGAUGUCUUCCUCUUGAUGCACAUUGCUAUUAACACCAUGUUGCAAAAACAAGACUUACGAGUGCCAACGUCAGUUGCAGAACUAAAAUCCAAAGCAGAUCGAAAAGCAUGGGAGAAUGAGUUUUCAUCUUCUAUUCUAAACGAACUUUUCGGGAAUGUUGAUACGUAUUUAACCGAAUGGAAUAACCGCCUUGCAACAGACAAGCGUUUAGGGGCCGAUCGUCUAAUGUGCCAAAUAUACGAAACGGAGAACUAUCAAGAUAUGGCAGAUAACGAUAAUCUUGCAAACAAUCCACGCAUGUGGAGAUUCCGUACACCGAUAACAAUACAGCACAUGUGUCAGGAUUUAGAAUCGAAGAGUCACGAGGGAAGUAGUAAACGUUCAUUGCUUGUGCUUCAGCGGUUUAUGAAAGAGGACUACCUUCUGCAGGCGUUACGUUAUGUGCCAGGUGUCAUUCGUCUUCAGCGAUUACUUCUACACAAAUAUCAGAAGAAACUUGAUAAAUCUGAAGCGAAUAUUCUUAAGGUGAAGGACAUCAAGAAAGAAAACUUUUCUGGACACGAUAUCGGUAAAUGCAUACAAGAUUUUGCUUGCGCCUGGGAAAUCACCAGAAAGAUACUGGAGCAGUACGGAUGUCCAACGGAGUUUGGGAGAAUGUUUGUUCCAAAAGAGUUUUGCAAUCAAAGCGUAAAUGAUAAUACACCUCUAGCCGUGUUCCUUCCGUCAACCAGUGGCCCUGGACUGUGUUCUUAUGCCAUGCUGGAUUUUCUCUUCCGAAAACAAAACGACUUUUUGGAUAGUUACGUCAGUGUUUCUCAAAGAAAAGACAUGAGACAUCAAACGAUAAAACCUGCGGCUGUGACCUCGGCGCAUCUAAUAUGUUAUUAUCACGAACACGACCUUAUGCCCCUGGUCUUGGCUAACUGCCAUUAUUCCUUCGAGAUGGGCGUCGGUAGCAAAAUCGAAUAUGAUUUUGUUGGACUAGAAAGACAGUUGAUGGACAGGCUUCUCUACUCAAAGUCACGGAUAGAAAUAUCUGCUUUUCUAGAGAUUGAUCUGAUGAUUUACCGGACGGAGGUUACGAACCGCACUGUUUUUAUGAGACUUGCUGAGAGAAUACCACAGGUACACAUGAACGGGGCGGUCCGCACGCAAAUAUGCGAGGAAUUACGAAAACUGCCUGAUGUCUGCAGAUCUCUAGAUAAUCUGGAUAUUGCUAUCAGCUUUCUGAAAACUACUGGAGGACUUUGCCAUUCGCAGCUCAACAUCUUCAUGGUUGAGACUCUACAAAUAGAAAAUGCCAUGUUAAGUCAAAAGGCACGUCAGUCCUGUGAGUUGCAGCAUGCUAGAGCCCUGUGGUUGCUUUUGUCACUUCAAAGAUCCAAGCUGCUGAUAGACCAUCGGCAGAGUACAGAGGAGGUGUUUGAAACUCUUCAAGACAACAUGUUCGAAGACCUUGAGGACGGUGUUAAAGCAAAGUUUAAGGAAUACAUGAAAACUCUGAGCGUUGACAAACUGUCAGUAAUUCUUGAAGUUAUGCACGAGUUUCUACUCUUCAAUGUGGCAAUCCGCCAAAAUCCUGACGACGAGGAUAACGUAGAUACAAGCGAAUUCAGUUUUCUUGACGGCCUACGGGAGUAUGUUGCCGAGAGUGAGCCUGCUUUGGUGAUAGAUGAGGCAACAUUAGAGGACUUCCCAAACAAAAUUCUGUACAAACAUGGAGCGAAGGCAUGGGUUCUAGCAUACAAGACAUUAAGCAGGAAACUCGGAAGCAAGAGACGUUAGACAAUAUGCAUGUGAAUGUAACAUGCCUAUUACACGCACUGUUUGUGCUUCAUUUGAAACUCGUCGUAAACAUGUAACAAUUUAUUAAGGACACGUGAUUAUAAAUGCACACAUAUUAUAUGAGAUAGCCUGCUUGGAUAUAUAGUUUAACUAAAAUUAUAACGACAUUCUGAUUUCAUGUUCACGCGUUGUUACAAAACAUUCCUAGACUAAGCCGAGAUGCGUUCAAUAUAAACUGCUGUAGCUAUAAUGCUGUAUUCUUGGUAAGGAAUCAUAUCCGUAUACAUGUAUACAUUACAUUUGUACCAGUUACAGUUAAACCAUAAAACCAUAUUUUCGAAAUAAUGAUUAUAUUUUGCAUUUGUGCAUUAUCCUCUUUUAAAUCGUGUAAUGCAUAUUAUGACGAUUUGUUUCUCCUUAAAUUUAAAUGUUAUUAAAUUUCGAAUAUUUACAGCGUACAUUCCUCAAAAAGUGUUCUACAAACAACAACAACAAAAUAACGCUUAAAAUGUAAACAUGUGUUGUUGUUUUUUGCUUUGUCUACCCGUUUAUGUCAAAUUGUUGUUGAAUUAAAUUGUUCAUACUUUCAACAUAUGUCAAAUGUUAUGUUUGAUUUACUAUGUGGAGUGUUUUAUUUGUUAUUGUAUUAUAAUAUGAUUUGUAAAAACAAAGAAUGUGCUUGUGAGCAGUGCUAGCGAAACAAGAAUCAUAUUUUGUUUCACAUUUCAAGUUAGCAUUAUGCUUAAGAAAAUGCUUCUCUAUGAAAAUGCUACCAAUAUGUGUGUGUAUGUGUGUUAGACUAACAUAAGUGAAACACGAUUUUAUGGUUUCUUCAAUAAUGUUUCUCACGUUUAUUGUUUUGGAUUCAAUGUUUUACGAGUGUUGUAUCAUGUUAACAUGAUUCUUUUUCCGUCCAUCAUUUUAUUAGGAAAUACAUUGUGCAUGUACAUUUUUUGCUAAAUUACUGUAUUUUUAUUUUCAUAUAAGUAUGUUUUCAAAAUGACAUUAUCUAUAUAUGUCUUUACAAUCAACAAAUAAUUGUAUUAUUGUAUAUUACUAGUGUCUAUACAUAACAUUGUAAACAAUCUACCGUUGUCUUGUCGUUCGUUGUCGUGUAUUGCAUAUUGUACUAAAUCUUUAAAGAAAGUUUGUGUUGCAUAUGCAAUUACUUGCUAUGUAAUAUAAACAAAACACAGUCAUCAAUGUAUGCUUAUGUGGAAUAACUUAAAUGUACAUGUAGUUAUAUGUAUGUGUCUGACAAUAUGCCUUACAGUUUGUUAUAUGCCUUCUUUAUAGCGAAAGACAUAUAACGUAUUUUUUAAAACAUGUUUGUUUUUUAAGUUUUCGACUCUUUAUUGAGAUAGAGGCAUCGUCGAUUCGAAUUAAUCAUUAUAAGGAGUGUGUCAAUGUCUUAUGAUAAUGUUGAAUUCCUAUGUACUUCAUCUAAUCCCUCUCUGACUUUCUUGAUUGCACGUGAUAGUUUUGUUUAUAAAAUAUUGAAAGAAAUACAGUACAUGCCUGUAUGUUUAUUUAUUCAACACAAUAACAAGCACAUUUCUGAUUUGUAUUGUGUCAAAGAGGGCUUUAUACGUAUAAAUAUAGUAUGUAUAGACAUUAGGUGUACCAUGCGUAUUAUUGAGACAACAAGUAAGCAAUAAUAUGUGUGGGUAUUUAUAUGCUUCGUUUGAUUAUUGAGAUGUUUAGAUAUAAUUAUCUGAAACGAAAUAUUACUUUUAGUGCUAAACUGUUUGAUUCAGAAAUAAGUUAUAUUAAAGACACUUGAAGUCAUUGAUGCAUUAAUCCUUAUUGAAUGGUCUUAGUUUUUACUUACCAUUACCUUAAAUACCGUAUAUUGUUUCACUUCAUAAUGAUUAUUUGCAAGAUGCUGAUUUGUUUUUUCAAAGGCCUGUCGAUAUGUUAAGUGCCCAAGACACGCUCUCUGAUAAAAAGACUUUCAUAAGAUAUGUUGAUAUGUCCUUGGAUUUUCUUUACUCUUUGGGAUGAACUACAUUUCAUCCAUGACGUUAUAUAUACCUAUGUAUCUCACUUGGAUGUUUUCUUAAUAUUGUUUUUUUCUAUGUUAUUCACAGCGUGAGUGUUAUUUGAAUAGUUAACAAUUUACUUAUAGGAUAUGUUUUGUAUGAAAAGCAUCAAUCGUGCGACGGCUUACACAAUCACAACAACGUGCGUAUAAGCGAAUGUGGGAUCGACGAAUAUGUUGUUUGAAAGAAAGAGCAGCCGUUUUAAUAAAACGCCUCUUGAACAGUUUUAUUUUGAAUAUUUGAAUUCAUCUAAUAAAUGUUUACAUCAGA